AAGUUUCAUUCUUUUCCAUUUAGCAAUAAUGGAGAUGGAGUUAUGAAGGAUGAUCUCCUCAUGCAAGAAGCCAAGAAGUUCUCUGUUUCGCUCAUUCAAUUCAUUUUCUGCUGAAGAUAGAAGGCCCACCAAAGAGAGAGAGAGAGAGAGCAUGGGGUCCCUAUUCUUCGAUCCUAGCAUGCUAGUAAAGAAGGAGACAAUCAUGUCCCUUAAUAUGUACGAGACGUUAUCCCGCCAAUGUCGAAUUGCAUUCCCUGCGAGAAGGAAGAGCUUCACGACGGAGCGGCCGUGGGUGAUUGGGAAAUCCCUAAUCCCAAACAAGAUAAGAGAAAAAGUUAGGUGGUUUUUGCAAAGCAAGAAUCGAUAUUUGUUACUAGAGAAACAGAAGAAGUGAACGGAGGAGCUGCAGAGUGGUCGCCAUUGUCCUUCCAUUAACGGAGGAGCUUGAAGAAGGAUGAGGUCUCCCAAGACAGGCUCAUGUCUUGAAAAUUAGUAACUUUUAGCUUUUCCCGGGGUUUAGCUGGUUCUCUUUGGAACAUCUGCAACUAAAUCUCUCUUCUAUGGAGUGUUUGUCCCCAUUCUUGGGGGAGAUUUUGCGUCCUAUGUGUGACUCCAUGUGCUCCCGGGUCGGUAAUGCCAUAAGGUUCAAAUCCAACGUCCAAGCUCUUAACAGUGUGAUGGAGAGAUUAGUUGAGCUUAGGGGCAACAUAAAUGAAGACCACAAAGAUAAAUCCUUUAGUCUCAAGCUAAUGGGGUGGCAAAGAAAGUCUGAUGAGGUUAUCACUGAAGCAAGGUCCGAACUUGACGAACGGGUUCCAUGCGGUAUGUCCUUGAAAUCCAGGCUGAGCAGGAAACUCGUCACGAUUCUCAACGAAGCUAGAAUGCUCGAAAAGGAAGGUUUAGAUCUUUUAGACAUGAUAGCUGUGGCUACUGCACAUGAAAGAGUUGAACAUGUUCCAGGAGUUUCAGUACUUCAUCAAACAACGGCUUCAAAUAUGUUGGGUAAAAUUAUAGAUGGUUUGAGGAGCAGUGAGGUUCAGAAGAUUGGUAUUUGGGGUAUGGGUGGAGUAGGGAAAACGACAUUGGUGAGGACGUUGAACAAUAAGCUUCAUGAAGAGACUGCAACUCAACCAUUUGGCUUGGUGAUCUUUGCUACAGCAUCCAAAGACUUUGAUCCAAGAACGGUCCAAAAGCAGAUUGCUGAGAGACUGGAUAUCGACACCAGGUUGGAAGAAACUGUAGAGAGGCUGGCAAGAAGGAUCUAUGCGAGGCUUGAGAAACAGACCAACUUCCUUCUUAUUCUUGAUGACGUGUGGAAAGAUAUUGAUUUAGAUCUUCUGGGCAUUCCAGAAGAGAAGAAGGGUUCAAAAAUCAUUCUCACUUCCAGGUCUCUUGACGUCUGUCGUAGCAUGAGGACAAAUCUUGAUAUUAGGGUUGAUUGCUUGUGCGAAGAAGAAGCUUGGGAACUGUUUUGCCAGAAUGCAGGAGAGGUUGCGAGAUCAGAACGUAUUGAGCGCUCAGCAAAAGCCGUUUCACGUGAAUGUGGCGGGUUGCCCUUGGCUAUCAUCACAGUGGGGACAGCUAUGAGGGGAAAGACAGAUGUCAAGUUGUGGGAACACGCCUUGGAGCAGUUAAGUAGAUCUGUACCUUGUUUCAGAAGCAUUGAAGAGAAGGUCUUCCUGCCUUUGAAAUUGAGCUACGACUUCUUGGAAGAAAAGCUAAAAUCUUGUUUUCUUAUGUGUGCUUUGUUUCCUGAAGACUACUCCAUUGACGUUAAGGAGCUUGUGAUGUACUGGAUCGCUGAAGGAUUCAUGGAUGAACAAGAUUCCCAUGAGGAAUCCAUGAACGAAGGAAUCACAAUUGUAGAGAGCUUAAAAGACUACUGUCUAUUAGAGGAUGGUUGGCGCAGUGAGACAGUUAAAAUGCAUGAUGUUGUCCGAGAUUUUGCGAUAUGGACUAUGUCUUCCUCACAAGAUGAUUGCCACUCGCUAGUCCUGUCUGGUAAAGGUUUGCAAGAGAUUAGGCAAGACAAAUUUGCUCCUUCGCUUCGAAGGGUUUCUUUGAUGCACAAUAAUCUCGAAAGGCUUCCUGGUCUCUCAGAGAAGUACUGCAUGGAGGCCUCAACCUUACUGCUACAGGAGAACUAUCUUCUACAAGAAGCAUCAGAUGGGUUCUUGCAAGCAUUCCCAGCUCUUAGGAUUUUGAAUCUAAGUGGGACAUGCGUGAACUCCCUGCCCCAUUCCUGUUUGCAGCUUUCCAAACUUCAUUCUCUUUUCUUAAGAGGAUGUACUAACCUUACCGAACUACCUUCUCUAGAAACUCUUGCUAAACUUGAGCUACUGGAUCUACAUGGCUCCCGUAUCAAAGAAUUCCCAAAAGGGCUAGAAAAGCUGGAGAGCUUUAAACACCUUGAUCUUUCAGGAACAGUUCACCUCAAAACUAUUCCAGCUGGAAUUGUUUCGCGGUUAUCAAGUUUGGAGACACUAAACAUGAAAUUAAGUAACUACCAUUGGAGUGUAAAAGGAGAAGAACAAGAAGGCCAAGCAACACUUGAAGAGAUUGCAUACCUUGACUGUCUACAGGUGCUGUCUAUAAGUCUUAUUUGUUCGCCGUCUUUUCUGAAGAAGAGCAACCCUUGGAUCAAAAGACUAAAGAAAUUUCAAAUUAAUGUGGGCUUUAGCUACGUUUUGCCUAUGAUACACGAUGAGAGGACACUAGCAAUAAGUAGUCUCAACUUAUCACAAGUAUCCAUGGAGUGGCUCUUGGCUUGUACAACCUCUGUAAUACUGAACAGUUGUCAAGGGCUCCAAGGAAUGAUGAAGAAAUUGGUCACUGGCAGCAAGACAUUCGUGAAUCUGAAAUCUCUAACGAUUGUGAAAACUAGUAUCAACUCUAGUGGUGGUGGGAUUGAGAAGGCAACCACCAAAAGUCGAGACACACUUCCAUUUCUGGAGGAACUUCGUCUGCACGAAGUUAACUUUGUAUCCCUUUCGGAGUUACAAGCACAGCUAGGGUUGAGAUUGGUAGCUCUUAAACUACUUCUGGUCAGCAAGUGCAAUAACCUUAAAACACUCGUUGAGAUAGACAUGUUCACUAUGCCAAACCUGGAGGAGAUGGAAAUUAGCGACUGUGACUCCUUGCAUCAUCUACGCCAAACUAUUGAUGGUCCACAAGAACCUCUCCUACCAAAGUUACGUGUCAUGAAACUGAGAAAUCUUCCAGAGCUGGAGAGUGUUUGCUACGAAAAAGAGACUUGGGAGUGUCUCGAACAGGUGAAAGUCAUGAACUGUGGUCGGCUAUAUACUUUACCCAUAAGCUCCAAAACUUGUGGAAGAAUCAAGGAAAUAAAAGGAGCUGUGAGUUGGUGGAAACAUUUGAGAUGGGAUGAUCCUUCUUCUACUUUAAAAACUCUUGAUCCUUGUUUCAAGCCAUUAAGAUUACUAGGUGAAGAAAUGGCACCCAUAUUUGGGGAGCACUACUUGUGGGACAGUUGAUGAAGAAUCUAGCUAGGUCCAUCACCCCAAGAGCUACUGUAUUUUCUCAAUGUGUUCGAAUAUUUCAAUUGUGGAUGUGCAAAGACUAUCUUGUUUA